AUGGCAACAAGCGAAGCAACCGAUGAAAGUUCAAAGAAAAGACAUAGGCUUUUUUCAGGAAAUUGCGAUGAAUUUAGUUCAGAAAUUGAAGACAAUCAAGUAACAACAACAGAUAUUACUGCAGUGACAGAUACUAGUUCACAAAUCUCAAUAGUUACAUGUUUAUCAAGUUCAAAAAAUAUACCACAGAGUAGGCGUCAACCUCGUCCAUUCUCUGAAGUUGCAGAAAGAGAUCCAAUUUAUACUCGAAAACCUAAAAAAAACUGUGUUUUACCAAAUUCUAUAUCACAAACAACAAUGAAUUCUCAUUAUGCAUCAGACCAUCCACUGUCUAAAGCUAUAACUAACCAGUUUGAUUGA